AUGGAUGGGCGCUCCUUGUGGACAAAGUUUUCCUUCUGUUAUUUUGAAUCUAUGGCGGGUUUCUCAACCACAGGAGCCACUGUCCUCACAGAAAUUGAGCAUCUUUCACACGCUAUGCUCUUCUGGCGGAGUCUUUCCCACUGGCUCGGUGGGAUGGGAAUUGUUGUCCUUGCCGUAGCGAUUCUUCCAAUGCUCGGCAUCGGUGGUAUGCAGCUUUUUCGUGCCGAGGCACCCGGACCGCAGACCGAUCGACUCACCCCCCGUAUUGCACAAACCGCUAAACUUCUCUGGGGCGUUUAUCUCCUGCUCUCUCUUUUAGAAACGGUGCUGCUAAUGUUCGGGGGAAUGUCGCUUUUUGACGCGCUCUGCCAUACCUUUGGCACGAUGGCGACCGGUGGAUUUUCGACGAAGAACCUUAGCAUCGGACACUACAAUAGUGUUUAUAUUGACAUGGUCAUCAGUUGCUUCAUGUUUCUCGCUGGGACCAAUUUCGCCCUUCAUUAUCGCGCCCUUCGAGGCGAUGUUAAAGCCUAUUUCCAAGAUGCAGAAUUCAAAUUCUACUGUAUCGUUAUCGCAGUGAGUAUUACCUUAAUUUCAUGGAAUACAAUCAGGUUUCAAGUCGAUGGGGAUAUCCCUUAUGAUUCGAUGUGGACAUCGCUGCGUUAUGCUACAUUUCAGGUCAUGUCUAUCAUUACAACUACUGGCUAUGGGACUGCUGACUUUGAGCAAUGGCCCGCCCUCUCCCAAUUCAUUUUGGUGAUACUUAUGUUCUACGGCGGUUGUGCGGGUUCCACCGGUGGAGGUAUAAAGCAGGUUCGGUUCCUACUUCUCAUCAAACAGAGCGGUGCCGAAAUUAAACGCCUGAUCUUCCCCCAUGCCGUGCUUCCUAUUCGCGUUAACGAUCGAGUGGUACCACCCGAAGUGAUGACCAAUGUUCUCGGUUUCUUUUUCUUUUUCAUCGGAAUUUUUGCGAUUGUAACAUGCCUUAUGGCAACUUUGGGGCUUGAUCUCAUUAGUGCCGCCGGGGCGACAAUCGCUACGAUGGGAAACAUCGGUCCCGGUCUCGGCAGCGUCGGACCGACUGAUAACUACGCACAUAUUCACACGGCUGGUAAAUUUGUUCUAUCCUUCUGCAUGUUACUCGGACGUUUAGAACUUUAUACCGUGCUUAUCCUCUUUUCACCGAAUUUCUGGAAAAGGUAG